UCAAGUAACAAAAAAAAAUGGCAGCUCCCGCGCCUCCAACCGCAGCACCAGAGCCAACGACAGUGCCUGCAGAGACUUCAAAGACCGACCACCCUAUGUUUUCCCGUAUCCGCCUCGCAACGCCGUCCGAUGUUCCUUUCAUUCACAAGCUAAUCCACCAAAUGGCAGUUUUUGAGCGCCUCACGCAUCUCUUUGUCGCCACCGAGUCUGGUCUUGCCUCCACGCUCUUCAACUCCCGUCCCUUCCAAGCCGUCACCGUCUUCCUCUUGGAGAUCUCCCGUUCCCCAUUUUCCACCACUGACGCUACGUCCCCCGACUUCACCCCAUUUCUUGAGACACAUAACGGUGAUCUCCCCAUCGAGGAUCCGGACAGUCAAGAUUUCUCGCCGGAUAAGCUCAAAGACGUUGUGGUGGCUGGAUUUGUUCUGUUCUUCCCGAACUACCCAAGCUUUUUAGCGAAACAGUGUUUCUACAUCGAGGAUAUCUUCGUGAGAGAGCCUUACAGGAGAAAAGGCUUCGGGAAAAUGCUACUAACUGCUGUGGCCAAGCAAGCGGUGAAGUUGGGUAUGGGAAGAGUGGAGUGGAUUGUGAUUGAUUGGAAUGUGAAUGCUAUCAACUUCUAUGAGCAGAUGGGUGUUAUAGUUUUUAAGGAAUGGAGACUUUGUAGGCUUACUGGCGAUGCACUUCAUGCUAUUGACAAGCUAAGCAUCUAGAAUUUGAUGUUUUGCUGCUGAGUACUCGACCCAUCCAUCGAUCACUUCCUUUAAACUUUGUGUCUCACUUGUUUUUAAUUUGUUGAAUAAUACACCUCAAGUUUUCAAAGUAGAGAGAUGUAACUGUGAUUCCUGUUAUGUUACUUUGAUUUACAUUAUUGUUGUAUUUUCCGGAUUUGAAUAAAAGGAUAAGCCAUGUUUAAAAUAAAGUUUGAAGAUCUUUUUA